AAUUAAUUACAAUGGGCCACACGCUCGUGGCCCAACUAGCACUGGCCGGCGAGAGUUCGUCCUCCACGGCGGCGGCGGCGGCGGCGGAAACGCAAUGGACCCCGGGAAAUCGUUCUCUGCGGCGGAGGAGGAGGCGACGGAUUCGGUCUCUACGAAGCCGGAGGAGGUUGCGGCUUACCAGAGCAGCGAGGCCAAGCAGGCGAAGCUACAGUCCAUGCUCGCCGCCCUCCUCGACGACCCCAUACUCGCCGACGUGCCCAGGAAGCCCUCCCUCGCCGACGUCGACACGCUGAUCAACCUCGAGCUCGGCAGCGCCAUGCGGCUAACCGUCGUCAAGCUGGAUGGCACCUCCUUCGCCACUGUCAAGGAUUUGAAGAUGGCUAUCAGGAAGAAGACGGAUGAGAUUGAACAGGAAAAGAUGGGCCAUCGUCAUAUCUCAUGGAAGCAUAUUUGGGAUAACUACUGUCUGACACAUCAAAAUGAGAAGUUGAUAGAUGACAAUUCCGUGCUUUCGUCUAAUGGCAUUUGUAAUAACUCCAAGGUUUAUUUCUCGCCGCACGUUAUGUCCAGGGUAUAUCGAAAGCACUCAAGAAGAAGAAAACACCGCUUUUUCCAUGGUCUUCAUAGGAAAAUGUGAUCCCAUCUUGUUUAUUUGAGCUGGUGUUGGGGAGCAGCAUGGUCACAUCAGAGACAAAGAGGUGGCCAACCUUCAGUUCUAUUGACAUGAGGGAAGCAUGUAGCAUGAAACCAUUGUUCUGAAAUUCUUCGAUAAUCUCAGCUGGAAAAGAGCUGUAAUAUCUUUUUUUUUUAGAACCAAGAGCAGAUCGUGCAAGCGUUUCAUAUGUUCUUAUAUUGUAGCUACUUUCAGUCAUGUAAGUUUUCAGUAGUUAGGACUUAGGCGUGGUAAUACAUCUUUCACUUGUACUAUCUUUUGAGGGGGUAAUAUUAUGGAACCAAUUCCUCAGCUAUGUUUGAUCUUAAAAAUGAUGCUCUCAGUUCAAGUAAUUAGGUUGUGAAUGCUUCUUAGGCUUUGUAAGUAAUUAAUCUAUGAGUGAACUCCUACUAUACUUUUUGUUUGUUUGUUUCAGAAAGCUCUGAAAUGUUCAGGAUCAUUUUCAUUUUUUA